UUGAAUUCCCGUAGGAAUCGGCUAGCAUUUUUUUUCCAGCUAGCGGUGUACGGGGGCCACUUUAUCAAUGGUCCUAAUUCGGUUUAAUGUUUAAAUACUUCUCUUUUCGUAACCCCGGACAGCGUAGCGACCUUUCAAAGGUCUAGGAAGUCGCGCAGAAUCACAACGGGUUCGCAAGUGGUAGUUAGAUACUUGUAGGGGGGUUGCCAGAGAAAGAAGUUGAAUGGAUCCGAGGGUAGCUUGGAUUCAGCCCGAACAGAAAGGACCUGCGAACGCCUUAUGGAUGCACGUCUGGGAGACCUCUCAGGGAGUACGGACAUUCUCCACUCAGCAGCAGCAGCUUCACAAUCAAAACCACAACCAUUGUGUGAAUUACGCUGCGUUGGAUGUUUUAAAAAAUGUGGCGACCACGGUGGUAUCGAGCAAGAGCAUUUGCAGCAGCAACGGUAACGUUACUGCCAGUCUGAGCAACGGCAGCAGCCAUCACAGCAUCAUGAACGGCACUACUAGUAUUAACGGCACUGCGAUUUCCUCGUUGGGGAUAGCGCUGUCCAACGGGAACGUACAGAGCUCAUUCACCACGGCGAACACGGCUGAACCAGGUGAGGGAAAAAUUCUGCCUCAGAAGACUGGAUCUGUCUCCUCGUCCUCCUCGCAAGAAUCCGGGACGGACAGCCCCCCUUCCAGCUGCUUACUAGAGAGGACUAUGGGUGGAAAUGUGACGGGCAACAUUAAUAAAAAUGUCGGGGGUGCCAAUCUGCUCUUACAUUUGAGCGACAGCAUUGAAAAUAAUGUCAACCUUUACCACCGUCAUCAUCAGGAGCACCCGGCUUUCAAUUUACAGCAGAUUUGCGUGAAGCGUCACCAGGUUCACCCCUCAGUACCCGUAAAUCACUCACACAGUCACCAUCCAGGCCGAAGGAAAAGUGACAAUAAGGCGAGCACUUAUGGGAUGAAUUAUUUGCUUUCAAACUGCACUAAUGGCAAUUAUGCGAGUACUUGGACGCCCUGGAAGACGAGGAAGUACAACCCAGGGGUUCUUGGACUACACGAGGAAGUGAUGGACUUCUACAACUUCAUGUCUCCUCGACCAGAGGAAGCGGCAAUGAGGAAGGAGGUGGUCAACCGAAUAGAGAGGAUCAUUAAGGAGCGCUGGCCCACUGCAGAUGUUCAAAUAUUUGGCAGCUUCAGCACUGGUUUAUACCUUCCAACAAGUGACAUUGAUCUGGUGGUGUUUGGGAAGUGGGAACGCCCCCCUCUACAAGAGCUGGAACAAGCCCUUCGCAAGCAUAACGUGGCAGAACCUUUCUCCAUCAAAGUGCUGGACAAGGCUACGGUGCCAAUCAUCAAGCUGACAGACCAGGAGACCGAGGUGAAGGUAGACAUCAGUUUCAAUGUGGAGACUGGUGUCAAGGCAGCCAGCUUCAUUAAAGAUUAUGUUAAGAAGUAUCCAGUGCUGCCUUACCUGAUCUUUGUACUGAAGCAGUUUCUGCUGCAGAGAGAUCUAAACGAAGUCUUCACUGGAGGCAUCAGCUCGUACAGCCUCAUCCUCAUGGUCAUCAGCUUCCUACAGCUCCAUCCUCGCAUCGAUGCCCGGAACCCAAAUGAGAACUUGGGCGUGUUGCUGAUUGAAUUCUUCGAGUUGUACGGUCGCCAUUUCAACUACUUGAAAACAGGGAUUCGCAUCAAAAACGGAGGCGCAUACAUAGCCAAAGAGGAGCUCAUGAAGGCCAUGACGAAUGGAUACAGGCCAUCCAUGCUGUGUAUAGAGGACCCACUGCUUCCAGGUAACGAUGUGGGAAGGGGUUCCUACGGUGCCAUUCAUGUCAAGCAAGUGUUUGACUAUGCCUACACUGUCCUGAGUCACGCCGUGUCGCCACUCGCUCGGUCAUAUCCCAACAAAGACUCUGAAAGCACCUUGGGCAGGAUAAUCAGGUUGACCCAGGAGGUGAUUGACUACAGAGAAUGGAUCAUUAAGAAGUGGGGGGGCAGGGAUCCUGCGCGAACGGACAGUAGAGUUUUACCUCCUAAGGAGCCAGCGUCGGAGCAGGAGCUGGGCUCUGGUGGCAGCUCAGAGGAGCAACAGAGGGACUCGGUGUCGCCCCACAGUGCAGACUCACCCAUGUCCAUCUCCAGCCCUCAGCAGCACUCAUCAGCCUCCUCAGUCUCCUCACUUUCUGGAUCAGACAAUGAUUCUGAUUCAGCGCCGCCAUGUCCCAUCCCUCCUCCGGCCAUGCCACCCUACCCAUCGUUCCCACCUCUGGGCCUGGCUUUACCACCAGGCCUCAACAUGAGCACCGGCAAGCCCAGUAUGGGAGCACACCCUCUGCUCAUGCCUCCAGGCUCACAGGCUCGCGUCUCACUGCCCGGUGGUCUAGCCAUGCACUCCAUACCUGGCAGACAGGUGUGUAUAGACACCGGGCUUCCUCCCUUCUUCCACAUGCCCCCCCCAGCCCAUGCUCAUGCCCCUGCCCCUUCCAGCCCCCAGCCUCCGCCCAGCCCCCACUCCAGCCACACACAUAAGAAUGGACCCAAGUUCAAUGUGAAGGGCUUCCAUAACCCGCCUCUCGUCAACAACCCUGUUUUGGCUAACCGCGGACACACACAUGCCCACACUCACACACAGUAUCACCGUAACACUUGGCGACGCAGAAAGAGGGACAGCCUACCGGUUAGCCUCAGCAGAUAGAAGCCACUCCUCCUCAACCUCCUCAUCCGCAAAACUUUUUCCUCCCAUUUCCUCCUCUCUGGCUGCAAAGCCCUGGCUCUUCGUUCAUCUCGAAGGAGGACAGACGGCAGACAGAGGACCAGAGACCAGCAGUUAUCACUCUGGGGCUGUCCAGAGAAAAGGCAGCCCUUGGCUCUGCAUCUUCCUCCUACUAUCUCUAGUUUUUCAUUUCUGCAUGACUUUUUGUUUGUAGGUUUUCAGUAUUGUUUCCGAUUCCUUUGCAGUAUUUUGGUUCCCAUCUUUUUUCAGGUCUGUUCCUUUUUUUUCUUUUUGGACUUGGCGGUUAAGUCAUUGUCAAGUUCAGUUGACCUCGUCUUGAGCCUGGCAGCCAAGCUGCUUGUGGUUCAGUGUUGCAUUACUUUUUUUUUCUUUUUUUUUUUUUCUUUUUUUUUUUUUUUUUUUUUUUUUACAGUUAAUCACGUAAGAACAAAGGUUUUCAUUUUGUGCAAUAAUGUUUUUUUCUUUUUGAAACUAAAGUAAAUGCUUAUUUAAUUUUUGUGUAUAUGUAAAGGCAUUUUUAUACGGUUAUUUUAUUUUUGUAGAGUUUUUAAUUUUGUUUACGAACCUUUCCCCAGGCAGCAUCUCUAGAGUGUGUGUCAAAACCGUUGGUAUUUCUAUGUGAAUGUGAGCGUAUGUAUAUGACAUCAAGCUGAGAUGGACCUCAGUUCAAAGGCCACGCCCCUCCUUCACCACUUCUUUCUCCUCUCCACUUUUACUUGUGAUGUUCAGGGAGAUGAAGAGAACAGGAACAGAAAGGGAUAAGGAGCUCUUCCCUGGUCUUAAUCUCAUUCAACUUAGAAAGCUAACGUUAUAGUAUGAUGUAACCGAUUCUGACGUGCUUACAUGAAGCCAUUAUUAUGGGCUGUUUUGUGCUGGGAGCCUGUAGUUGGUGGUUUCGUUUUUCUAUAUCCAUGAUAAUAUUCUGGACUUGGAUUUUUAUUUGUAGAGGACUUGGGUCACUUUUUUUCAACAGAAAUUCUCACUUCCAAAUUUUUUUGAUUUAUGACAUCUGUCUCUGUGUACAUAAUGUCAAGACAAAACAAUCAGAAAAAAAUAUACAGUACAAUAUCUGAAAAAAAAAAAAAAGUAAAAUAAAAUGAAGCACCACUGGUAAUGCCUGGAGAGACAUAUCCACUGUGAAUACAACAAACAGCAGAUAGUUUAAACCUUUUUUAAUGAAAGAUCAGCAGGGAAAGCACUGAACUCAACUUUAACAAAAACGUGUAUUUAACAAUAACAAAACCUAAUUUAAUUGAAUUAAUGCAAUAGUAUGCAACGUUAUUUGUCAGCUAAUGUCAAAUAUGACCCAACGUAGGUUUCACAUAACAUGAAUUCUAUCAUCUUAUAUACUGGACUUUAAACAGUGGCAUUCAAGGUUUAAUAUGAAAGAUUGACACAUGUAUGUGAAGUCUGUAGUGCUGAGAACCAGUCGUUUGACAUUUGCUCCAUCCGUUUACGAGGCACUGUAGAACCAAGACAAAAGAAGGAGGAUAAAUUCACCUGAUUCCUUUAUGUAGAAACUGAUGUACAGGCUAUUAUCAUGGAUGCCUCCCACAAACUUCAUAUAAGCACAUGCAUGUGUUACUUCUAGAACCUUUAAACUCCCUGAGGACGUCUUGUCCCUCAGUGUAGUUUGUCUGCUGGAAGCAAGUGAAGGGAUGAAGAUUUUUGGCCUAAAAGAGGUAGCUCCUGUUUUAUUAUCCAGCGCAGGCAGAACCACCUCAAGACUGUGUGCAUGUGUAUGCCUCUGUUAGUGUAUGUGUUUGUGUCCUGUAAUAUGGGACUGUGCUGUUGCCAUAUUUUGUCAGUCAGGGGAACUGCGAGCCUUGUCUCGGCCGUUUUUUCCUCCACUGUCCCGAACUGAAAGUGACUUGAACACUUCCAGACAGUAGCGGAUUCCUGGCCUGAGAGCGAGCCUGUUGCAUAUAUGCUUGUGUGUCAUUUUUUGUGCUUGUCUUUUUUUUUUUUUUUUUUUUUUUUUUUUUUUAUUACAUGUUGUUAGGAGCCACAGAAGGCAACAGCUUAUCUGACUUGAAUUUGACGAUCAAGAUUUAGGGUUAAGAGGGCAGAGCGAGCUACUGAUUCUGGGUCAGAACCCCUCGGACACUCCGGCCGUGGGAGGCAGCCGUUGGAAGUCUGAUCCCAGGUCCGAGCUCCGACUCUGGCUCACAGCUGUAAAUCGGUGCAGACCAACACUAAGACGCUCAGCGAUAUAAAGGUUUUUUUUUUUUCUCCUUUUGUGGUCCUGGACAAAGGAGAAUGAGGGAGGGGGGUGGGGUGGGGGUCUUCCUGAACCAAGGGCCCUAGAGAAAGGGAAUUAUAUUUUGAUUCCAUUCAGGAAUCUUGUGUAUAUUUGAUUGCCAGGUACUUCCGCUAAUUGUUUGCAAUGCCUUUCUUUGUGUUUACUUGGAGUGUGUGUACGUCGUUUUUGCCCCUCCCCGGCCCCGCAAGUGCACCGCUGUCACACAAACCCACACACUCACAAACAGGACUGUCGAAAGGCUGUGACUCGCCCAGAAACACUACACACGCUGGUGUUAUUACUAUGCAAGUGGAUUAUUUCUAAUUAUCGUGUCAACUCUGUCUUUUCCGUUGGGGGUUUUCCAAACACUACUUGUUGUCGUUGGACUGGAGUAACAUUACUGACUGUCAGACUCCGAAAACUGAACCACGAGUGAACUCCGACCCCUUCCAUCCAUCCUCCCGUGAUCCCCCCCCCCCCCCCCCCUCCCCCCGUUGUAUUUGUAUGAAGGUCCUGAUAUGUUUUAAAAGUCUAGUUUUCUACAUCUAUUGGUCAGAUGUAAAGGAAGAGGGGGUGUUAAUGUUAAUGGUUGGGGUCUGAGUCUGUGUAGUGUGUGACAUAGUGAAGUGUGUGUGAGAAAGCAUCAAGAUUCAUGACUUUUUUUUUUUUUGUUGUUGAUUUGUUUUUUGCCACUGCAGCUUUGUAAUCAGACACUCGAUAGUUCAUAAGUGGACCCAGAGAGCGCCUUGCACUCUGUGUUUCCACUUCAGAAAGGGGCCAAAGUGUCCACCAACAAUUCUACCCUUCACCAAGACUGUGUUCAGUACUCUACACUAUCUUUUUUUUUUUUUUUGGUCUUUCUUUAAAAAAAAAAAACACAAAAAAAAAAAAACAUGGCAACUCUGAUCCAUCAGUCAAAACUACACCUCACAUCAAUUUAAUCAGAGUUUCUGUUUUGUCCAGUAGCUCACAGGCAAAGCAGUUCAUGAGCUAAUCAUCCAAUCCAGCCACAGAAUCAACUUUUGGUGUAAUGAUUUAGCAAAAAAAAACCCAACCCUUAUGACUACAACAUACUGCCAGUAAAGGAAAGAAGCUAUUUUCGAGAUGUUGCUCAGACACCCUCAUCUCAAAUCCUUUCACCUUAUUCCACCGUAUAGAUAUUUAUUUUUCCAUCAGUGGAGAGGCAGUGCAUGAAAUUCUCAGUUACAUGCAGCCCCAGCCUAUUAUAAAUUGGACAAUAAGGGGGUGGGCAGGUCUGUUUUAACCCUUUCAACGUGCAUCCCAGCCUCGUCUGCUUUUAGAGAUUAGAACCAGCACUGAUGAAAAUGAAAUUGGUGAUGGAGAAGUUUUGGACUGGGUUAGAGUUGCCUGCAUCUUCACAGCAAAGACUUGACAUGCAGUAUCCUUAAAGAAGUCUGUAUGGAUUAAAAUCUCUGUGCGUCUCAGUGGUCCGACCCUCCACGCUUAGCCCCCCCACCCUCCUCCCCACCUAGUCAUUUUCUCUCAAAUGAUGGUGACAGAAAUGGGUGAAAAAGAAAUGAAACAAAAGGUCCCGGUCAUGCUUUUGCCAUAUUUGCCUUCACUUCUCCAGACUGGUGAAAGUGGGAGGGGAAGGCGUGCAGCAGUGGGUGGUUCUGGACCGCUGAGACUCUGGCGUACACAUGUACAUGUAGAUGCAAUGUAAUAUACCCCCAUUGCAAUACAAUGAGGGAUUUUAAACUGGUGGCUGCUGUUGAGAAAAGGUGGCAGCCCCUCCGUGUCCUGGCUGAUUCAUGUGAGCAGUGACCCUCUAAAUGGACGCCAAGCAGACGGCGGCCAGAGGGAACCACUGCCCAGCUUUUGUUUUGUUUUUUUGACAUUUUUAUGUAAAUAUAUUUUUUUCUAUUUUAUUUUUUAAUAAACAUUUUAAAACUGCCA